GCCACAACAACAUACUGAAGCGAUCCAGUCAGUCUCGCCCCUCCGCACUCAGCAGCAUCAUCAUCGUCCCCGCCGGGUCCGGUGGCAGAGAGGAUGGUUCAGCGGAAAAGCAGCCGGGGAUGCGAAUGACAGUGAUAGGAUAAUGGCCCUCGAUUUACGCAAAUUCCCGAAUGUGCGACUAGUGACCAAGUGAAACGACCGUGGCAGGAAAACACUGAACCAUGUUGCUAUAAGUUGUGACCUGUGGUGAACGGGGGAGGAGGAAGAGGAGGAGGAAGGAGGUGCAGGCAGGCAGGCAGGCAGACGGGCAUCUGCCACAGCUCCCUUUAGGCGGCCCUUUGCAAGCUUGAAGCCAUGGGCAACACAGCCACCAAGUUUCGCAAGGCCCUGGUGGGUGGUGAUGAGGCCCUGGCCUGGCAGCUGUAUGAGGGCAACCCUCAGUUCAGGGACGGCCUGGACCCAAAUGCAUCGUACGGAGAGCAGUACCAGCACAACACACCCCUGCACUAUGUGUGCCGCCAUGCCAUGACACGUCUGCUCAGGUCCUUCCUGUUCAGUAAAGAAGGGAACCCCAACAAGCGCAAUGUGCACAACGAGACGUGCCUUCACGUGCUGUGCCAAGGCCCGCAAAUCCUGCUGCUGCCAGAGGGAGCACUGUCGCCACGACUGGCCCGACCCCAGAGGGACGAGCAGCGUCGUGCCGACUGCCUGCAGAUGAUCCUGAGCUGGACGGGGGCCCGGCUGGAGGGAGGCCAGUAUGAGAAGGCCAAUGUCAACGCCACCGACAAUCACCACAGCACCUGUCUGCACUAUGCUGCUGCUGCAGGCAUGAAGAGCUGUGUAGAGCUGUUAAUCCAGAGCGAGGCAGACCUUUUUGUGGAGGAUGAGGACAAGUUGACACCAUGUGACCAUGCCGAGCGGCAUCACCACACCGAGCUGGCUCUCAGCCUGGAGUCCCAGAUGGUUUUCUCCUCUUCAGCUCAGCAGUCAAACACAGACGCACAUGGUGAAACCAACCUGCUGCAAUACAAAGAGCCUUAUGAGGGACUGAAGCUUCAGGACCUGCGCAGGCUGAAGGACAUGCUGAUCGUAGAGACGGCAGACAUGCUGCAAGCCCCCCUCUUCACAGCAGAGGCCCUGCUCCGAGCACAUGACUGGGACAGAGAAAAGCUUCUGGAAGCCUGGAUGUCAGAUGCUGAUGGCUGCUGCCAGCGCUCAGGUGUGACCAUGCCAACUCCACCACCCAGCGGCUACAAUGCAUGGGACACCCUGCCCUCACCUCGCACCCCUAGGACUCCGCGCUCACCCCUCACACUCACCCUCACCUCCCCGACCGACAGCUGUCUCACACCUGGAGAGGAGGGCCUGUCAUCGUGUGGAAUCUGUCUCUGCUCUAUCUCAGUGUUUGAAGAUCCAGUGGACAUGUCCUGUGGACACGAGUUCUGCAGAGCAUGCUGGGAAGGGUUCCUCAAUGUAAAGAUUCAGGAGGGUGAUGCACACAAUAUCUUCUGCCCGGCCUAUGAGUGCUACCAGUUAGUGCCGGUGCAUGUGAUAGAAAGCGUAGUUUCCAGAGAGAUGGACCAGCGAUAUCUACAGUUUGACAUCAAGGCAUUUGUGGAGAACAAUCCUGCUAUCCGAUGGUGUCCUGCAGCUCGUUGUGAGCGGGCGGUGCGGCUCACCCGACCAGGCCCCGGGGACAGUGACCCACACAGCUUCCCCCUGCUGCCCUCCCCAGCUGUUGAUUGUGGCAAGGGUCACCUCUUCUGCUGGGAGUGCCUUGGCGAGGCCCAUGAGCCAUGUGACUGUCAGAUGUGGAGGAACUGGCUCCAGAAAGUCACAGAGAUGAAGCCUGAGGAGUUGGCAGGUGUGGGUGAGGCCUAUGAGGAUGCUGCUAACUGCCUGUGGCUGUUGACAAACUCAAAACCGUGUGCCAACUGCAAGUCGCCCAUUCAGAAGAAUGAAGGCUGCAAUCAUAUGCAGUGUGCCAAGUGUAAGUAUGACUUCUGUUGGAUAUGUCUGGAGGAGUGGAAGAAGCACAGCUCAUCAACAGGAGGCUAUUAUCGCUGUACUCGCUAUGAGGUCAUUCAACAGCUAGAGGAGCAGUCCAAAGAGAUGACUGUGGAGGCAGAAAAGAAGCACAAAAGUUUUCAGGAGCUGGAUCGUUUCAUGCACUAUUACACUCGCUUCAAGAACCAUGAACACAGUUAUAAGUUGGAGCAGAAACUACUAAAAACAGCUAAAGAGAAGAUGGAGCAGCUGAGCAGAGCCUUUAUUUGCCGUGAAGGCACUCCUCCAGACACACGGUUCAUUGAGGACGGUGUGUGUGAGCUGCUGAAGACGCGACGUGUCCUGAAGUGCUCUUACCCAUACGGCUUCUUCCUGCAGCAAGGCAGCACCCAGAAAGAGAUAUUUGAACUCAUGCAGACGGACCUUGAAAUGGUUGUGGAGGAUCUGGCCCAGAAGGUCAACCGGCCGUACCUGAGGACUCCCUGCCACAAGAUAAUCAGUGCGGCCCGUCUGGUGCAGCAGAAGAGGCAAGAAUUCCUGGCGUCAGUGGCCCGAGGCGUCGCUCCCAACGAUUCUCCUGAUCCUCCUCGCAGGAAUUACCCUGGAGGAUCAUGGGACUGGGAGUACCUCGGUUUUGCCUCCCCUGAGAUGGGGAGUCGUCACUCUGUACUAGGAGCAGGAGAUCAAAGAGAGAGACAGUCACAGGAUUAUGCUGACAUCCAGUACCGUCGUAGACACAGGCCACGGCGCAGAGGAGACAUGUUGAGUCUGCACAACCUUAGAAGCGGCAGCAACACACCAGAGACCAGCAGGAGGAGUGACAGCACAGAAGGUCCAGAGAGAAGUGAGGGUCGCAGAAGAGCGCUGGGCUCGCUGGAUGAAGAUGAUCCAAACAUCCUGCUGGCCAUCCAGCUGUCCCUUCAGGAGUCUCGCAGAGAGCGAGGCCUAGAGGGAGGGAUUGAGGGGAGAGUGGAGCUGGAUCGUGGACUGGACAGAGGACAGGAGAGAAGGCUGGGUCCCCCAGGAGAAUUGGGUGAUGUUGCUUUGCACUCUCUCAACACAGAUGGUCCUCCAGGAGCCAGAGGCUCCUCCUUCCCCACUUCUCUCCUGGAUCCUCCUCGCCCCCCUAACAGGACAGACUCCACCUCCCAGCCUCCCACGUCAAACUCCUUUCCCCUUCCUCCCCCACCUCCCUCUCUCAGUGCAGAGCUGCUGGAGCUGGGAGACAGCCUUAUGAAACUGGGGAACAUUACCACUCCUUAUGACCUAGACACACACACACAGGAGCAGCUCUGCUCUCACCACACGUACAACCACAGUACACUCACUGCUCCCUACACCAUUGAACCUGCUUACAGUGACUGCAGCCAUAGACCAGACCAGAAUGCAGUGACCACUCCACAUGUGCUUGACCAUAUCACCAUUACAGAUCCCAGUUACUGCCACUCCAGUGGUUAUUUGGCAGAGGCUGAACACACUGCCUCCGGUGCACUUGAACGCACCCAAAACCCUGCCCAUCCCAGUUCAUAUAACCGGGAACAUGCAGCCACGUGUGACAGCACCCCAAAACCAGACAACUCUUACAACCCCUGCCCUGAACACAGUAGCUCUUACACUCAGGAGCGCCCUGCCGCCUACGCUCUUGAACGCCCACCCAAAUCAGACUUCCAGCCCCAUGCCCAGUUGUGCCUCCCGUCUCCAGAGCUUGAGCCGGAGCUGCUGCUUUCACCGGUAAUCCCCCCGGGCGGCCCUUUCACCCCCAGUGACCCUCAGAGUCUGGAGCCCCUGGACCCCACAGCCAGUGCCCAGCUGCUGGACAACAUCAUGGCCUGGUUUAACAACAACAUUAACCCCCAGAACAACCCUCAGAGCCUGGCCCUCAUCCCCUCCCCGCCCACCACAGAAACUGACUCCUCCCCUGACACAAACACUGAGACUGAGACAGAGAGCCAGACCUCCAGGGACAUGACUCCUGCCCCUAUCUGGCAGCCCCUGGAGGGCGAGCCAGAAGCAGACAGAGGGUUGGCGAGUCCCUGUCUAGGUGCGGAGGGUGCGGAGGGCCCUAAGACGUCGAGGCCCAGCACUCUGGAGCUGGAAAAGGCUGGCGAGGAGGGUGUGGACGUAGGGUGUGUGGCUGACCUGUCGCUGGACGAAGCGCACACACACCUGUACUCACACUCCCAAGGUCUAGACAGUCUCACACACACUGCCCCAGCCACAGAGAGAGACUUAGACCUUAUCCUUCACAUAGAGGGAGACCAAUCCCCUGAGGAGUGGGAGGAGCAAGUACACCUGGUGUGACAGCGACCGAACGAUGUAGAGAGAAGGUUGAGCCAAGUACAGGAAGAGAGAGCGAGAGACAAAAGUGAAGAAGAAAAAAAAUCAAAGACUGGGAAAACAAAAGAGAGGAAAAAAUAUAAGAUAUAACGGUGAUGCCUCAGUGAAAGAUGUAGGUCUGUGGAGUGUUUACUGUAUGUAUUAUACUGUAUCUAGAGGAGACAUAAAACCCUGCAAACUUUGUCCAGUAAAGAUUAUGUCAUACACAUUUUUUUAAGUGCUUUUGUCUGCUCUAAAAACAGACUAUUCUUUGAAACAAAUGAGUGUUUAAAGCAAAGUAUAUCAAUGGAGAGCUACUGAUAUCAUAACACAUUAAAUGCUGCACAUGUUUUGUUUUCUUAUUUUAUUUAUUUCCUUUAUUUCUCUUGUCAGUUUGUUCAGGGUAAAGUUUUGGUGCUGAUCAUGCUGAAAUCCAAACUUGCCUCGUACAGUAUACUCAGACUUUUAUUAACACACCGACCCAACCACGAGCCUCCUGGAGCCAAACAUGAUAACUGUAACCAUGGAGCUUGUUUAGCGUACUGUACAAUCAGAGGGCCUAAUUCAGAUUUUUGGACCUUCAUGCACACUGUGCCUGCUUUGUUAGAGCGCCAACACACUACUGAUGUUUCCUUUUGGUAGGCUGCAAUGAAUGGCGAUACAGUUGUCUGCUCAGUAGACGUCAUGCUAGUACAACGUGCUUAUCUGAAUUAUAUGACAGUCAUAAUUCUUAUGUAAUGCUCCAGUGAUCACAGAACCGAUAUUGGCUUGUCCCUUUGAACAGGGAAGUCGGUGGUCAGUCUCAGCCAAGAGUCAGUAAGAAUUCAGAGUAUUGCUCAAAGGCACUUCAGCGUCCUGGGUGCUUGUUGUAUGUUAUUAUACCCAUUCUAUAAAAUUAUCUUUCUUUAUUGGAGAUGAGAUGUGUCAUCCAUAUUGCUGUAUUUUACACCUGCUUUGGAUCAGUUUUCACGACGGUUUCAAUGUGCAAAACUCUUGUAGACAAACUGCUGUAAUGUUCAUUUUGGCCUCAAAAUUGACAUUAUAAAAACAUCUUUGUCAAAUUGUCACAAUAUUGUGUCACUAAAAUUGAAUCACUGUUUAUAAAAAUAAGAUGGCUCUCAUCAAAACAAAUAUUUAAUGGAUAAAACUAGAUCACGUCAAGUAUGAUAAUAGAAGAGUCUGACUUUACACUACAGUAAGUCUUCUAUUCAUCUUUUUGUGUUUAAAGUAAUAAUAUAUCAAGUCAGUCUGUCUCUUUGUACAUUAAAACUGUUGUGAAAACUGAGCCAAAGCAAUCAGACAAUACUUAACAUGUAAACACUCAUUUAGUUCAUUUUUAACAUAUCUAUCCCACUACUGAUGAUUAGUGCAGUUCAUAGAUGGGAGAUGAGUUGUGUCUUUACUGUAAUUUAUCCUUUUAAUUUCUUAUUAUAGAAAUUACAUUUUUUUUCCAGUUGAGACCAAAGUUGUUGGGUCUGUGUGCCUUUUUGUUUCAAUCGUAUUUGUUUAUUUGUUUUGUAUUUAUUACUGUCAUUACUUUUUAAACAUGCUAAACAAAGUUGCUAAUGAAAGAUAAUGAAGAACACACCACUUUGGCUGUUGCCAUACACUGAGGUUCUUGAUGUACAUUAGUAUUGUUUGUCCUCAUACCCCGGGUGUAUCUUAUUUUACCUUGUCCCCAGAGAAAAACUGCUUUGAAGAUAUGUGAAAAGAAAUCAUUUGUCUUUAGAGUUUCCACUAUAAUUAACACCCAUUUUAUCUUAAAGUUGUUCAAAUGUAGUUGGCCUUUGGUUUUUCUUGAAAUGGCACUCUGAAUCCUGGGUUGUCACUCAGCCUUUAUCUUUAAACUUUAUUGCCCAACUUUAAUGUUUACAAGAUAAUUAAACUGCCUGUUAUGUUGAGAUGUGAUCUGGUGCUUUUGGGACUGAAAUGAUGAUAAUGGAGUGUUUUUAAUCAUAUUUUCAUGGCAGGCCAAACAAAUGUAAAGAUAUUCUGGUUUUGUUAAAAUGUCUCCCUCUACUUUACAAAAGGUGCCAGUUAUACAGAAUGUGAUAUGCAAUUAAAAUGCAUCACUUCUAAUUAAUAGUUUGAGUUUUUAGCCUGUUUGAAGUGUGAGGUCUGGAGUGCUCCACUGAAGAGAUAAAACCCCUAAAAUAAUGCACAUUUUCCUCUCCGUGUUGAACAUUAAACUGUGAAGGUGCUGGACAGGUUGUAUGUGCUGACGUUUAGACAUUUCAUAAAGCCGGCUGAAGUGCGAGGGCAGCUGGUGUCGCCCAUAACAUUUCAGACAUUGUUUCCUGAGAAAUGGGGAAUGGUUUAAUUAACAUUUGUUUAGGUUGCAUGGUUGCAACAGGAUACACAAUGGAAAAGUCUGGGAUCUUUUAAUUUGCACAAGCAUGCUGUUAAUGUGUUGCACUAAUCCAGUGCUGUCAGGCAAGAUGUGGAGGACUGAUCAGUGUUGCUUUUAUUAUAAUUAUUUCCUUUUUUUGUUUUCUUGAUUUAGAAUUGAAUUUAUUGUGUCAAGGAAAUGGUCCUGUGCUAUUUUCUACUCCAUAUAUAAUGUUUAUAUUUUAACGAUCCCUCAACCAACCACUUCAGAAAAAAAAGAAAAGAAAUUGCACUUGCAUAGAUUAUACUUGAUACAUUCCCAGUCGGUCCAUAAGAGAGGUUAAAUGUGGGGCCAAAACUGUAAAUGAAAGUGCAAAGUUUACUCUCAAUAAAAACAACUGAAAGUG